UAAUCAGAAAAGUCCAGAAUCGGUGGCUGUCCUUCAAAAAUCUUGAACAGUUAAUUAAAGAAGAAGUCUCUCGAAUGUUCUUUUGUGUAGCUUUAAAAAACAAGUACUCGUUUUCGCAGAAACCCAUGUUUGUUUUGCAUGCACGAGUUUCUUUCUAACUUGCAGAGGCACUUUUAUUUUGUUACAAUUUUUACAUGUUAAACUACUGGUGAAAAGAAUGGCAGAGAGCGAGCCUUGUUAUUACUCGGUGCUUGGUUUACGUAAACAAGCUUCUGCUACAGAGAUUCGCGAUGCCUACAGAAAGCUUGCUCUGAAAUGGCACCCAGACCGGUGGAUGAAAGAUCCUGUUGUUUCUGGGCAAGCGAACAGGAGGUUUCAGCAAAUUCAAGAGGCUUAUACAGUUUUAUCAGAUAAAGGAAAGAGAAAACUUUACGAUGCUGGGAUGUUAAGCUUUCUGGGUGACGAUGAUGACGAAGGAUUCUGUAAUUUUUUGCAAGAAAUGCUUUUGAUGAUGGAAAAUGUGAAUACAAAGGAGGGUGACAAUUUGGAAGAUCUUCAAGGUUUGUUGAUGGACAUGAUCGCAGAGGAUGAAAGAAUCAAAUUAGGAUUUGACUGGGACACUCCCCAAAGUGCUAAAAAAAGGACUCGUUUUACCCACUUAUGAUUGCUUAAUUAGCUCACAAAAAUUACUCUCAGGUUGUCAAUUUUUAAUGCAGAUUUUUCUGAAUUAUUCUGCAGCAGAAAGAAGUUCAUUUUUCGAUUCCAAUUUCUUUGGAAGACAAUUUUGUAUUUUAUGUGUAUAUAAUGAACCAUCGCAAUUGCUUCCUA